UCUUUGGUUUUCGUUCCGUCCGGCAAGCACCAUUGGAAAAGAACCGGUAGUUUUCAUAGUAGAAACGAAAUUAUUGUGACCAAAAGUGCAUAGUAAUCCGAGUGAUCUUCUCGUGCGGUUCCCUCACAUCGUCCGCCGGGAAAAAUGGUGACCCGAAAGCUGUGGUUGGUAGCUUUUGCCGUGACUGCAUUGUGUUUGCUGCACGAAACGAAUGGAGUCGACCGGAACAACUUCAAAACCUGCGAACAAAGCAGUUUCUGUCGUCGGCUGCGUUUGUCCGAACCAGAAACGAGCAAAUUUGCGGUUCUCCCGGAGACACUGCAAACCUACAAGCAAUACAUUCUGGUGGACCUCCAACACUCAGAGACCAAACACCUGUAUGUACUGAAACUGGGUGCGGUGAAGGGUGGAAUAUUCCACUUCCAAAUAGACGAGAAGAGUCCGCUUAGCGAGCGGUACCGCGUUGUGGACGCACUGGCCAAAGAGCCGGAAUAUGUCGGAGUGAAAGUGGAAAGCGGCUCCGGCGCUUCCAUUGUCGUCGCCGCAGAUGGUGGAACCAACAAGGCAGUGGUGCAGCUGGCACCAUUUAAAAUCGAUUUCCAUCAUGGCGAGAAGGUUGUCGUUUCGGCCAACUCGAUGGGAAUGAUGAGAUUCGAGCAUCUGCGACGGAAGGAAGUGGCUCAGGCAGCACCAGUUGAGAACGAACAGGAAGCGCCAGAAAACGAAAUUCAAGAAGUGAAAGAAGACCCCGGAGCAUGGGAGGAAAAUUUCAAAAGCCACCAUGACUCCAAACCAAACGGACCGGAAGGACUGGCCAUGGAUUUCACAUUCCCUCAAGGAAAGGUGCUGUAUGGCAUCCCGGAGCAUGCGGAUUCUUUCAUUCUGAAGCACACCGCCGGCGGUAAGAGCGAUCCUUACCGUCUGUAUAACUUGGACGUGUUCGAAUACGAGCUGGACAAUGGCAUGGCGCUGUACGGAGCUGUCCCUGUUAUCUACGGCACUGGACCCAGCACUACAGCUGGCGUGUACUGGCAGAAUGCCGCCGAGACUUGGGUUGACAUAUUCUCACCGGAUCAGGAGAAGAACGUAAUGUCGUCUAUUGUGAAUUUCGUAUCUCGCUCCAAUUCAGAAGAAUCGGUGGCAGCCAAUUUUAUUUCGGAAAGCGGCAUAGCUGAUGUCUUUGUCCUUGUGGGCCCAACUCCGCUGGAUGCUUUCCGACAGUAUACGGAUCUAACCGGAAAGGCUCCCCUUCCACAAAUGUACGCCAUUGCCUACCAUCAGUGCCGCUGGAACUACAACGACGAGCAGGACGUCACCACCGUUUCCGCGAAGUUCGACGAGCAUGACAUCCCAAUGGACACCAUGUGGCUGGACAUUGAGUACACGGACGGCAAGAAGUACUUCACCUGGGACCAUCACAAAUUCCCACAUCCGCUGGAAAUGAUUCGCAAUCUGACCGAACGCGGCCGGCAUUUGACGAUCAUCAUCGAUCCCCACAUCAAGCGGGAUGGAGGAUACUUCUUCCACAACGACUGCACCGACCGCGGUUACUACGUGAAAAAUAAGGACGGAAACGACUACGAAGGCUGGUGCUGGCCAGGGUCGGCCAGUUAUGCCGAUUUCUUCAACCCGGAGGUACGCAAGUACUACGCCGAUCAGUAUCUGCUGGAGAAUUUCAAGGAAUCGACGGCCGAGGUCGGCAUUUGGAACGACAUGAAUGAGCCUUCGGUGUUCAACGGGCCUGAGGUGACCAUGCUGAAGGAUAAUCUGCACCACGGAGGGUGGGAGCAUCGCGACGUGCACAACCUGUACGGUCACAUGCACAUCAUGGCUACCUACGAGGGACUGAUUCGGCGCGGUGAAGGAACCCUACGCCCAUUCAUCUUGACCCGAUCGCACUUUGCCGGAAGUCAACGUUUUGCAGCCGUCUGGACGGGAGACAACAUGGCCGAGUGGGGUCACCUGCAAGCUUCGAUCAAGAUGUGCCUCUCGCUUUCGGUUUCCGGUAUCAGUUUCUGCGGCGCUGACGUCGGUGGAUUCUUCGGCAACCCGGAUUCCGAACUGUUCUACCGCUGGUAUCAAACUGGAGCCUUCCAGCCUUUCUUCCGGUCACACGCCCACAUCGAUACGAAGCGUCGAGAACCGUGGCUAUUCCCCGAGGAUGUCAAGCUGAUCAUUCGGGAUGCCGUCCGAAAACGAUACCGUCUGCUGCCCCUUUGGUACACGAUGUUCUACGAGCAUGAGCGAUCUGGACUGCCGAUUAUGCGACCCAUGCUGGCCCAUUACCCAACAGAUGCCAAAUGCUACGGCCUGGACAGUCAAUACAUGCUUGUGGACAAGUUGUUAGUGGCCCCAGUGCUCAAAGCAGGUCAAAACAAGGUCGACGUUUAUUUCCCAACCAAGGAAAACGGCGAGGGUGAUUUGUGGUACGAUUUGGACAACUAUCGGAAGUACUCAUCCGCCGGGUAUGAGUCCAUCGCUGUGGACAACUACAAAGUUCCGGUGUUCCAACGGGGUGGCACCAUUGUUCCGCGCAAGGAUCGUAUUAGACGUGCAGCAACGCUGAUGAAAGACGAUCCAUACACACUGGUCGUGGCCGUGGACAAGAAUGCUUUGGCCAAGGGAACUCUCUACAUUGACGACGAGACCAGCUUUGAGUAUCGUUCUGGAAAGUAUUUGUACCUGGAGUUCGAGUUCAAGGACAACGUUCUCAGCAGCAAGAAAAUUGAUGCCUCAGCCACCUACCCGACAAAGAGCUGGCUAGAGCGCGUGGUUCUGGUCGGUUUGGCAAAGACUCCAAAGUCUGCCACUCUCCACCAAUCCAACGGGGAGUCCUCCACACUGGAAGUGUACCAGGAAGGCGGCGCAGCUAUUGUCCGUAAACCGGGCGUAUCGAUGCUCGACAGCUGGUCGAUCAAACUGAACUACUGAGGGGUUCGUCUAAACUAGGUGAUCAUUUUAUCUUUUAACAACACAACAAAUACGGAGAGAAUUACUUUUGUCGGUUUGACUGAUCUUCUCGCAGAGGAAACGCCGUUCGUUCAAUAAUCGUGGUGGAUUUUUGAAAUUCAGUUAUUGGCUAUCAUAAAACACGAUUUUUUUUUUUUUUUUUUUUUUUAAAAAAAAGACACGGACACGUUCAAUGCUUCCAGUGAGCUUUUCGCUCUUUGAAGGAAGCACGACACUAGACAACGGACUAGCAUGCAACGCCCAGUGGCACAGCCGAAAACUUUUCCUGACAGCUGUGGCGGGAAUCGAACCCGCGCUCCUCAGCACGAUGCGACUAAGAGCUUGGUGACCCUAGCCACACGACCACGGAGCCGCACGAAGUAAAAAGUUUUCAAACCUACUUAGAACGUUGCUUCGAGCAGCACACUUUUAGGCUCAUCAUUCGUAGAAUUAUUAGACAAAGGUAGGUUAAAUUAAGCAUCAUUUGAAAAUCACACGAAAAGUUUCGCCAAAUGCAUUAUUAUGCUGUGGUAAUAGAUUAAAUAUAGCGCUGUGUAAACCUA